AUGAGUGAGCGAUUAAUCCAGAAAAUGGAAUCGUUAGCAAUGACUGGUGACAAUCGACUUUGCUUUAAUUGUGGUCGAACUGGAACCGCUUUUAUUGUUACUGAUUUCAACAUAUUUGUAUGCACAUCAUGUUCAGGAAUUCAUCGAGAAUUUAACCAUCGUGUCAAGUCUGUGUCUAUGAGUAACUGGACAACCGACCAAUUCGACAAGAUAAAAAACAGUGGGAAUGCCGCGGGGAGGAGAAUUUGGCUCGCGAAAAAGCCGUCGAAUUUUUCAUUACCAAAAGCCGGUGAUCAGACUGGGAUAAGGGAAUUCAUUAAGACAAUUUUUGUGAAUAAAACAUACUACAGCGAAGAGACGACGAAACAAGUCCAACUCUCGCCAACACAGAAAACACAAAUUACUGGACCAAAGAGAUCGACAAUGAGAUCAAGGCUAUCUUAUUCGUCGAGUAAUAGUCAACCAGUGAAUGGACUUUUAGACCUUCCCGUUGAACAACCUCAACACGUUGAAGUAGAAAAAGAAGUGAAUAUGAUCCAAAGCGUCCCACAAAGUAAAAGCGCGAAUUUACAACCUCAAGUCACGCAAAUUGAACAACUCACACAAUCGACACCACCUCAACCGAAAAACAAAUACGAUAUAUUGGCGGAACUGAGUAUGCAACAACAACAAGAAAGCGCCAGUGUGAGUUCAAAUACCGUUUUCGACUUUUUCGGAAGCCAAAAGAGUGCACCUGAAGAGAAAAAAGAGAAGAACGUAACGCCAGAAGCACCACAGGGAUCCCCUUUGAUGGCAGGAACAUCAUUUGUCUUUGACCAAAGCGACUUCAAACGGGAGGAAAACGAAAUUCAAAAAACACCAAUGAAAGAGCAAGACUUGAAGAGUGACGUGUUCGCAUUCGGAGCAUCUUUUACGACGGAAAAGGAGCAUACCCCAACAAUGACACCAUCAUCAUCUAAUGUGAACAAUGUGUCAAAUAACAAUUCUAAGAUUGAGAUCUUUGAUUUCAACUCGUCAAUCACAGGAACAGAACAAAAAGAGGAGAAACAGGAAAGUACAAAGAAAUCAAUGGAAAGUGAUAAAAUGACGAAAAAAGAAAGCACUGCCCCAAUACCAGAUUUUUCUGCUUUUCAUUUUGAAGAAAGUGAAACAGAGAAAAUUAAAGUCAACGCGGGAAUGGCAGUCUUUGGAAAUUCACCAAUGUUGGAGAGUUUCAAUGAAAAAACUAAAAUGAACGAAUUAAAUCAGAAAACAGAAGAAAAAACAGUGGAACAACCAAAGAACAAUUUUUCGGUGUUCAAUUUUGGAACGCAAGAAAUCAAAGAAAAUCACAAAAAUGAAGAGAAAAGUGAAACAAAGGAAAUAAAAGAAGAUCAGAAAAAAGAUGAAAAGAAAUUUGAGACGAAAAAUAAUUUGUUUGACUUUGGAAGCGCGUUUGGAGAAACGUCUCACAAAAUCGACGAAAACCCCCAAAGCGAGAAGAAAUUUGAAACUUUUGGAAAAAAAGAACAGAAAAAAUCAACGCAAUCUCUGUUUGAUUUUGGAGAGAGUGAGAACGUUGGUGGAAAGAAAGAAGAUUUGGGCGACAAAAAGAAAGAGAAAACAAGUGUACAGAAAGAAGAAAAUAAUCAACCGAUCUCAAGUGAGGCCGCUGUAGGGUGUAAAGGGGGUUGUCUUGACAACAUGAGUGCCUCGUUGAAGGAGGUACAUAACCCAUACGAUGACAAGAACAGCAUCAGUAGUGAAAAGACUGAAAAUACUGAGAAGAGUGAAAAGAACGAGAAAAAGGGGUGGAAUGAAUCGUUGUUCGACUUCGGUGAUGAAAAUAAGGAAAUUGCAAAAGAAGACAAGCAAGGUGAAGAGAAAAAAGAGGUAAUGAAAGGUGAAGGAUUGAAUAAUAACACUGAGAAUAAACAGAAGACACCUGAAAACAAGUAUGCCAAUAUGUUUGACUUUGAAACGCAUGAGGUGGAAGUAAAACCAAUUGAAACCCCACAGGAACAAGAAAAGAAGCUAGAACCCGUCUCUCCUGUGCUACACUUCGAUUUUGGAAUGCCUGAUAAUGAAACGAAAAAUGAUAAAAAAGAAGAUCCCGCCAUUCCAUCUACAAGCUUUGAUUUUGGAACAACAGAAAUUGAAGUGAAAGAAGACAAAAAAGACGAUCCCGUCAACCUUGCGAAUAAAGAGAGUGAGAAGAAAGAAGAGAAGAAAGUGGAAUCAGUUGUGAAAGUGAGUGAAUUUGAUUUUGGAAACAGUGAUAAGAAAGAGGAAAUAAAAAUAGAAGAGACAAAAGACAUCAAAGAUGUGAAAGAAAAGAUGCAGCCACAGAAAUUCGAUAAAACUGAGAUUGACUUUGGAGGGUUUUCAUUUGAUAAUGCAGAAGCCCCUAAAUUACCGAAAUCGGUAAUCAAACCAACCAACGGGAGCAGUGGAUUUUCGUUUGGAGACACAACGAACAAGGGCUUUGACUUUGAUUCUCAAAGUGAAGAAAAAAAUGCAUCACCAGUUAAACAACCAGAGAGCGUUGAAACACCACAAAUCAAGAGUGCAGAUGUGAAAACAAAAGAAGACGAAAUGUUAGACAUUGAGAACGAAAGUAAAGAGGUUGAUACAUUAGUUGAAAAGAAGAAGAAAGAAAUCGUGCAACUACAAGAAGAGAUCGCUGGGCUUGAGAAGAAGAAGGCGGAGCUGACAAAGAGAAAAAUAGAAUUGGCCAAUACUCUUGAAGAACUCAAUAAACAAAGCAAGAGUAGCGCCGAAGUCCAAGAAGAACAGAAAACCGACGACAAGCCAUUUGUUGGCAAAGAAGAAGUUGCCGCGAGUAUAGAAAAGAGCGAAGAGAAGAAAGAAGAGAAACACGAUGAUGAGAAAGACAGAAUCGAAAAGGAGAAGAAAGAAAAAGCAGAACAAGAGAAGAAGACUUUUGGCAAAAAGUUUGACAGAGACGCUUACGGGUUUAAAGGAAACCCAUUUGUGUUUCCACUCCAGAACGAGAAUCAAAAUUUGCCUUUCUCUACUAUGUUUAGCUCUAUCAUUUAA